AGACGAAUCCUCAACCGGAAGUUGAGUCAUAUAAUGCGCACAAGGAGUAAGACGCUGCAAUUACUCAUGAUCAGGCCGUCUGUCCUUCCACAAUUAGACGCUUUUGCGUCGCCGUCAACUUGGCAGCAACCGACUCGCCAUGGCGAACGACAUUGGACAUCAAUCAACGUUGGCUAA